AUGCCUCGCCAUCUGCUCCGCCGUCAACCCACGGCCCCUCGUACCGAAGCCCCAUCCUCCGAUUCCCCUCCACAAUCACAGCAGGCCCGGCGGCAAUACCAGCGCAUAUUCCCUGAGCCAGGGCGAUUUCAAUUUCAGACACCUCCAUCUCAGGGAACCUCGAUCCCACAGCUCCACCCAUCGUCGGGCCCAAUUGAUCCCCAUGUCGAUGGACCGAGUGCACCGGAGCCCGUGAGGCGCGCCGCGGCGGCGCAAGCAGCGCUGUUCAAUCUGUUCGGGCGUGGUGUUACUGGAAGGUCAGCCAGGUCGUCUGUAGGGGAUGUAGAGGAUGAAGAGGAAGGGGAUAGUGGGUUCGAGCAUGGUGGCGAUGAGGAGUAUGAAGAUGUGGAGUUUGGUGCGGAGAUUGGACGUGCGCGUGGGCUAGAUGCUGAUGAGGAAGAAGUCGAGCUUUCUGAGGGGGAAGACUUGGAAGGUGUUGAGGAUGAGGAGAUUGAAGAUGAUGGGGAUGUGGAUAUUGAGGACGAGGAUGAGAUGAUGCAUGAUCGAGAUAAAUCACCCACUCCACUCCCCAGCGACCUCCGUGAGAUAUCCUCGCUCGCGUCUUGGACCGUUUCGACGCAUAAGCCCGGCUGCGGUGUCGCGGCGCUCCGAAAUACAGAUCAUACACAGUACUGGCAAUCCGAUGGGCCGCAGCCACAUACGCUCACGCUACACUUUUUCAAAUUGGUCGCCAUUGUCAAGAUCAGAGUUUACCUCGACUUUAGCCUAGAUGAGAGCUACACGCCUACGAAGAUGACGUUCAUGGCGGGCAUGGGCGGCAACGAUCUUGUUGAGUUCGCGACGUGGGACGGCGACAACCCUUGCGGCUGGGUAGAUGUGCCGCUUGAUGGCGUUGGCGGACAAAAUGGUGGAUGGGUGCGGAACAGGCGACGCCGCCGACGGGUGCGCAAGUCAGUUCGGCCUCAGGGGAAACGGGAUAAGGAGAAGGGAAAAUAUUCGGAUGCUGUCUUAGCGGACGAUUCGCUGGUCAUUGACAGCGAGACUCAGGGAGGCAGUCACGGUUUUACAACUGCAGUAUACGAUGAAGACGAUGAGAUUGACGACGAUGAUGACGACGACGACGAUCCUUAUGCUGGGAACGUCCUCAAGGCCAUGGUACUCCAAAUGCGCGUGAUAGAGAAUCAUCAAAACGGAAAGGAUACCCAUGUACGUGGGUUCCAGGUCUUUGCUCGAGACGACGACCGUCGACGGAUCGGCAAUGCCCCCUCUGCAUCGGCAGACGGCCGAACACGCAGACAUAGCGCCCGCAAGUCUCUACGUGCUGCUGCCGAUGAUGAUGGACGCGACGGUAAUGGUGAGAGCACAAGAGGAAAGGUGACUGCGCUAGAGGAGCCGGAUUGGAUGGGAGAUCCAGUGAUUCGGUAG